UAUUUUCAAUCAAUCAACGUGUGGGAAAGAAAUUGCAAGAAUGACUACUUCGAAGGAAUUAAAUUUAGCUAGGAAGAGUCUUGUAACUUCGCUUGGCGAAAAUGCAAAGGCGUAUUUUGAGAAGAUGAAGUUAUGGUUUCAAAUGAAGACCACAAAGGAAGAAUUUGAUUGCGAAGCACGUAAUCUAAUGACAGAGGACCAAGUUCGAUUACACAACGAGUUCUUGUUGUGUCUUUUCAAUAAAGUUCGUGGAUUAGCUACUAUCACGCCAACCUACAAGAUAGAUAGAGAUAAAACUUCGAAAGAGAAAAGACUGAGAUUGAAACGCAAAUACAAAACUGAUAAAUCAAACUUUGAGCCAGCAGAUAUGUAUGUGGAGGUAUUGGGUCAAGCUUCGUCACCUGUCGGUGAUGAACCCAUAGGUGCCAAUCGUUCCAGUGCCCAGGAACUUGUAUUACCGGAUCGGACUUUUGUGCUGGCUCGAUUAAUGCUUGCUGCGUGGGAAAAUAAUAUGGAUGGAGCUGAAGAGAACACUGCUCAUAUUAUUAUUGCCGCUACACAAAUUUUCUUGAAAAAUAUCCUCACUGCUGUCUUCACACGGAGAAAAGGAUACGCUGUCUGCGAUGGUUCCUUCAUCUACAAUAUAGGAGAACCAGUACCUAGUUCAUGGAAAAGAAACUCUAUGUAUAUAAAUCCAUUCCAUUCAGAACCAACAGAAGUAAUAGAUCCUUAUGGUCAAAUUCCUACACUAAAACCCAAUUUUGAAGAAGCUGAACAAGCUACUGCUUUUUCAUAUGCUUGUUCCACUCAAACCACUCGAUCAGCAUUGAAACCAGUAAGCACAGCUGACUUACAAUAUGCAUUAAAGAUUUAUAAAAAUCUAGUUAGUAAUCACACUAUAUAUGCUACUAAUAUGGAGCGAUUGUACACAUAUGCUACUCACCCAACAUGGGAAGAUUUGGAAGCAAAGAAAGAAUUAUGUCAAUCUUCAACAUAAAGGACCUUUUAAUAAACGUU